GAUUCGUAAGGAGGACCUGAUUCUUGGAAUGAGAAUAUUGCCAUCAUGAGUCAACAAGGCUAUGUUGCAGCUCCUCCAUAUUCCCAAUCCCAGCCAGGAAUAGGAGGCUUUUCUUCAGGUUUUGGAGCACCUAAUUCUCCACUUCAUUAUGGGCAUUAUGGGGAUCCCAACUCCUCGUACUCAGCACCUCAACCAGGUAUGUCAAAAUCAACAGUGCCUUUUGGAUCUUCAGCUCCUGUUGGGCCUCCACCACCUGGUACACAUCAGUUCAGCCAGACCAGCUUCCAAAAUGGGCCCAGUACACCAGGGCAGCAGCCACACAGGUUUCAAGGCCCUCCACCUCCAGGACCUUCCUAUCCUCCCUACAGUCAGCAGUCACAACCAGCCUACCCAAAUACUGCAUCCACUUCACCUACAGCACAACUUGCUAACCAGCUCAACAGCAUGCAGAUAAAUAGCUAUGGUCCUGGCACUACUCUGAGCUCUCACAUGUCUUCUGGGCAUCCGGCAUCUCUUCAGAGUCCACAGCUGCCACCACCAACCCAGCAGCAAGUCGCUUUACCACCUGGAUCACAGGUUCCUCCACCAGCAAAUAAUGUUAAUAGCCUUAGUGCUCAAUCAUCGCUGCCUCCCAUGGCCAGACAAGAUGGAAUCCCUGGACCUGUUCCCCCAAAUCCUAACUUGCAGCAGCUUUCAGGACAGCCUCCAGGGCCUGGAUAUCAUCCCCAGCAAGCAAACUAUGGUCCUCAGAUGCCAGGAUCUCAACUGUCUUAUCCUGGUGCUUUUCCUGGAGGCCCGGCACAGCUCGCAGGCCCGCAGCAGAAGAAACUUGAUCCUGACUCUAUUCCAAGCCCAAUUCAAGUAAUUGAAAACGAUAAGACUUCUAGGGGAGGGCAGAUCUACGCUACAAACACAAGAGGACAGGUUCCUCCACUUGUCACCACAGACUGCGUAAUCCAAGACCAAGGCCACGCCAGCCCUCGUUACAUUCGAUGUACUACCUACUGCUUCCCGUCGUCUUCAGAUAUGGCCAAACAGGCUCGCAUUCCACUGGCAGCUGUCAUCCAGCCUUUCACUACUGUUCCACCAAAUGAGACGCCUCUUUAUGUUGUAAACCAUGGUGAGACUGGACCAAUCCGAUGCAACCGCUGCAAAGCUUAUAUGUGUCCCUUCAUGCAGUUUAUUGAAGGUGGGAGAAGAUACCAGUGUGGAUUUUGCAGUUGUAUAAAUGAUGUCCCCCCAUUCUUCUUUCAACACCUGGACCACAUUGGCCGACGGGUAGACCACUAUGAGAGGCCCGAGCUGUCUCUGGGAUCUUACGAAUACGUUGCUACCUUGGAUUAUUGCCGAAACAACAAGCCUCCAAAGCCACCAGCUUAUAUCUUCAUGAUUGAUGUAUCAUACAGAAACGUCAACAGUGGCCUGGUUAAACUCAUAUGUGAUGAACUGAAGACUCUGCUAGAUAAGCUUCCAAGAGAAGAGCAAGAAGAAUCCUCAGCGAUUCGAGUUGGUUUUGUCACCUAUAACAAGGUCCUCCACUUCUUUAAUGUAAAAAGCAGCUUAGCUCAGCCUCAGAUGAUGGUGGUCUCAGAUGUCGGAGAAGUUUUUGUUCCUUUGCUGGAUGGUUUCCUUGUCAACUUCCAGGAAUCACGAUCUGUUGUUAUCAACUUGUUGGACCAGAUUCCAGAGAUGUUUGCGGACACUAACGAGAGUGAGACCAUCUUCGCUCCUGUUAUCCAAGCUGGCAUGGAGGCCCUAAAGGCUGCAGAAUGUGCGGGAAAAUUGUUUAUCUUCCAUUCUUCACUGCCAACUGCGGAAGCACCAGGGAAGCUGAGAAACAGAGAUGACAAAAAACUGCUCAAUACGGAUAAAGAAAAGGUAUUUUCUACUCUGAACGCUACUUACGAGGCCUUGGCCAGGGACUGUGUGGCUAACGGCUGCUGCGUCAAUUUGUUCCUCUUCCCAAAUCAGCACGUGGACGUGGCCUCCAUGGGUCUCGUCACAAUGUACACUGGGGGAACGCUCUACAAGUACAACAACUUCCAGCUGGAUGCGGACAGCCCGCAGUUCCUCAGUGACCUCAGGAAGGAUGUGGAAAAAAAGACCGGAUUUGAUGCAAUAAUGAGGGUUCGGACAAGUACAGGCUUCAGGGCUACGGACUUUUUCGGUGCUAUUUACAUGAACAACACCACAGACGUAGAGAUGGCAGCAGUUGACUGUGACAAGGCGGUGACAGUGGAGUUCAAACAUGAUGACAAACUGAAUGAGGACACUGGAGCCUUAAUUCAGUGUGCUGUCCUUUACACGUCAGUAAGCGGGCACAGGCGGCUUCGCAUACACAACAUAGGUUUAAACUGCAGCUCCCAGUUGGCCGAUGUCUACAAGACUUGUGAGACUGAUGCGCUUAUCAACUUCUUUGCCAAGUCAGCUUUUAAAGCCAUUCUAAGCCAGCCACUGAAGACGGUCCGCGAGAUCCUGGUGAACCAGACAGCUCACAUGCUGGCGUGUUACAGGAAGAACUGCGCCAGCCCGUCAGCAGCAAGCCAGCUCAUCCUCCCGGACGCGAUGAAGGUGCUGCCGGUGUACAUGAACUGCCUGUUGAAGAGCUGCGUGCUCACUGGCAGACCAGAAAUCCCAACGGAUGAGAGAGCUUACCACAGACAGCUGGUCAUGGCCAUGGGGGUCGCUGACACCCAGCUCUUGUUCUAUCCCCAGCUGCUGCCCAUUCACAGCCUGGACCUGAAGAGCGACACUGUCCCAGCUGCCGUCCGCUGCUCUGAGGACCGUCUCGCAGAAGGAGGGGCCUUCCUUCUGGCCAACGGCCUGAGCAUGUUCCUGUGGCUGGGAGUCAGCACACCCCCCGAACUCAUCCAGGGCCUCUUCAACGUGCCGUCCUUCGCACACAUCAGCACGGAGGCUACAUCACUGCCUGACCUGGACAAUCCCUUGUCUAAGAAACUGAAGUCAAUCCUGGAGCGCAUCCAGAGCCAGAAGCCCUACGCCAUGAAGCUGAUGAUAGUGAAACAGCGGGAGCAGCCAGAGAUGUUUUUCCGACAGUUCCUAGUAGAAGACAAGGGUAUUUAUGGAGGAGCAUCUUACGUGGAUUUCUUAUGCUGUGUUCACAAGGAGAUCUGCCAGCUGCUCAGUUAA